CCAAGUGCUACGGCAGCGAGGAGCAGGGAAGCGGCGGCGGCGGCGCUGCACGCGGCAAGAACCCUGUUGGGCGCGGGGGUGGCUAACCCUUGCUCGCCCACCCCCGAACCGCCCUUCUGGAAAAUGCCACAUAAAGAGGAGGACUUGAUGCACGGGGGUGGUGCGGGUAUUGGCGGGGGUUCUAUGGUCGGACAGAACUCAAUAUUUGGGUGCUCGGCUGCAGGACACAGCGGGGUUAACCAGCUUGGCGGUGUUUACGUCAAUGGCCGACCAUUACCAGACUCUACAAGGCAGAAGAUCGUUGAACUGGCCCACAGUGGUGCUAGACCCUGCGACAUCUCGCGCAUACUGCAAGUCAGCAAUGGCUGCGUCUCCAAGAUAUUAGGCAGGUACUACGAGACCGGUUCAAUUAAACCACGUGCAAUUGGCGGUAGCAAGCCACGUGUGGCGACCACGCCGGUAGUGAACAAAAUCGCCGACUAUAAACGGGAGUGUCCAUCGAUUUUCGCUUGGGAGAUUCGCGACCGACUUUUGCAAGAGGGUGUUUGCAACAACGACAACAUACCGAGCGUGUCGUCCAUCAACAGGGUGCUGAGGAACCUUGCCUCGCAGAAGGAGCAACAGGCGGCGGCAGUGCAAGCGCAUCAGGGUGCCGAGAGCGUGUACGAUAAGCUUCGGAUGUUCAAUGGGCAGGCUGCAGGUUGGCCACCGGCUUGGUAUUCCGCUACGCCCUCUCAUCAUCCCUUGGCCACGGGAAUCCCGACGGCGGCGACCCCGGGCUCUGGCCAGUCGCUUCUACCCGGCAGCCAGCUUCACGGCCGCGACGAUUCCCUGCUCAAACGAAGCGACACGGGCUCACUAUUGUCGCAUCAGCAAGAGGCCACGUCGGAUGGGAAUUCGGAGCACAAUUCGUCCGGCGACGAGGAUUCGCAGGUACGGCUGAGGUUAAAACGGAAGUUGCAGCGCAAUCGAACAUCCUUCUCCAACGAACAGAUCGACAGCCUCGAGAAAGAAUUCGAGCGGACACAUUACCCGGACGUGUUUGCACGGGAGCGUCUCGCCGAGAAGAUUGGAUUGCCUGAGGCACGUAUCCAGGUGUGGUUCAGUAAUCGCAGGGCGAAGUGGCGUCGAGAGGAGAAAUUACGGAACCAAAGGAGGGCGGCCGUCGAUCAGGUAGUCGGCGGUGGCAGCAGCGGGGGUGGAAGCAGCACCGCGCCCCCUGCCGCGACCCCUGCCACGCCACGGUUACCCUUAAACGCCGGAUUCAACGCCAUGUACUCGUCGAUACCGCAGCCGAUCGCUACGAUGCCCGACACUUACAGCUCGAUGUCGAGCAGCUUGGGCGGGUCAAUGGGUGGAAGCUGUCUUCAGCAGCGCGCCGAGGGAUAUCCGGCGUACGUGUUCCACGAGCCCCUUCACUCGCUGACGCAGUCUUACUCCCACGCACACAGCACUGCUGCGCAUUCGCAACCCCAUCGCGGUAUACCGACCUCUCAUGGUGGAACCCCCACCACGCCAGGAGGACAGCCUGCAGGACCAGGUGGUGCGCCCUACCAACCAACGACCUCGACCGCCACUGGCGUGAUAUCGGCGGGCGUCUCCGUGCCUGUCCAGAUCCCGUCUCAGACUCCAGACCUGACAGGCAACUAUUGGCCGAGGCUCCAGUGAUCCCAGCUCUUCGGGUUCCCGCCCGCGAGCCUGCUCGUCGGCCAGGAGAGCCCGCCGCCACCGACAGCCACCCCCGGUGCAGUGUCCCGGCCGCUGCUCGCAUCCCUCGGGAUACCGACGCAGCCAGCCCAGCAUCAACCGACCAACACGCCGGCCACCACUCCCGUGCACACAUCCGACACCAGUGAGUGAAACACUCUCCAUCACCAAAUCCCUCUCGACGCUUUCUUUACCACCCAGAGAUGGUCGACGACCAUCGCCGCGCGUCGAAUCUCGAAAACCAGCGGCCAGGUACGACGAGUCGCCGACCACGAUCACUGUGACGCGUCUCGCUGUGAUGGCGCCAACGCGUGACGACUCCAAGAGGAUGUUAUACCGAGUGGGCUGCUGCUUUUUCUCUCUCUCUUUCUGCCUCUUUAAGAUUAUUUUCGCUCGAAUAUUUUCAUCUUGGUUUUGUUUUUUUUUUGGUUUUCAUCUCGAUCUUUGGUUUUCGAAAAUGCGAAUUUAAUGUUGGAGGGAGAUUUAAGUUUAAAGGAGGAGCGACACGGAUAUCGAAUUUUUAAUAAUUUUUUGGUAGUUAAAAUUGUAAGCUUGGUGAAGUCUGGUUCAAAGUAGUGGUUCAAAAGAAUGUAUGGGAUAUUUAUUUAGGUCGGAGAAUUGAAUUGGGGAAAAUUCGAUUAUAAUGUUAUUAAAUUCGUGUUGUUUUUAUAAUUGUUGCUCGUUCGUUCUUUCGCUGUAAUUAGACGCGAGAUGUUAAAUAAAUUCGCGUAUUUUCAAUGAUAAUUGCAUUCAAUGAUAAUUUUCCAAGUUUUACAAUGCUUUGCAUCGUGACCGAGAGAACAAAGUAUCUAAUUCAAUAAUAUUUUGAUCGCAAUCGUGCAUAAUAAUUAUUUUAUUUUAUUAAAAAGUCUAUAAAAUUUUGAGAAAAUCCAUUCGAUAAAAUGAAAAAUCACAGCGAAAGAGUUUGAACGAAUCGUGUAACCUGUUAAGGAUAGGGCGCAACAGGAGUUUGAAAAGAGAAUAAAGGUUAACGAGUCCCACGCUUUAAUUCGAUUAAUUACUCGUUGGAGGCUUGCCAAAUCUCGAUAACUAGCGGACACUGUUGAUAGCUAUUUUCGGUCACAGGGGAAACAAGAAUGCAUAUCCUCGUUCAAUCUUUGCGAUUAUCCAUCCUCUUGAACCGGAACAAAAUCCUCGCGAUUCGUUAAUCCGUGAUUAUAUUUUCUUUAUUUUUCAUCAAAUCAUUCCAUGUACUUUAACAACGUGGCCCUCUCCCCUCCCAAACAAAACUAAUUUACUUUGCACAAAUUUCAACGAAUUUCUUUAUUCUUCGUCGAAUCGUAUUUUGAACAAAAUUUCACGCAAAACUACUUUUCUUUGCACAAAUUUCGUACAACGAACUUCCUUAUUUUUUUUCUUUUUAACAACGAACGAUUCAUUUUCACGAGAUUACUUUUCUUCGUGAAUUUUCGUCUUCGAACGUUCGUUGCGUUCAUCCAAGAACGGAACAGCGCCCUCCUCUUGAGACGACGAACGCGUUGUCAACGACAUCUAGCGUUGAAAAAAUCCGCACUGAUCGUGAACGUUGAUCGCGCCACGAUUCGUUUUUUCGAUUAAUCCUAGUAAGUCGUAGACGUAUACGCAUGACCCGGGUCACGCAGGGUAUAAUAUUAUCCAUCUACUCGACACGAGAGUGUACAAAAUCAACGCACCGGCGUCGAACCUGCUCGUUAGACGAUCCAACUACGACUGAUCGAUCGAAUGUUUAUAUACGGCGAUAUAAAUGUAAUACAAUACAAUGGCGGACGAACGAAUAUAAUACGAACGCGUAUAUAAAUAUUAUCGUAUAAAUUUUCGUCGCUUUUGAAUCAAAGUCGUACGUCUUUUAAAUUAAAUUUAGUUAAUUUUAAAUAACGCUUUCGAUCGUUUGUAAAGAAUAAAAAUAAAAAAUUUCUCUACUUGUAAUAAAAAAAUGAUCACUGUUUGUUAGAUAGAUAAAAAACAAAUAAAAAUUCAUAGAUAUUGUUAAUAGACGAUAUUGUUAAUUGAAAUAGUACAAUGAGAUAAAAAAAAUUAUCUUCGCGCGCUUCUUAUUCCAAAAUAUUUUUUUUAACGUUUUAAUAUUUUACAGAGGAUUAACGCGAAACGAAAUAUUCUCGAUUCAUUGCUCGAUUCACCAAAUUUUAAUAUCAAAUUUUUAACGUUUCUAACAAUAUCGAUCGACACAGAAAUAAGCAUGGUAAUACUUUUUUUAGAAAAUCGUUUAUACAUUUUAUCAUUAACAUUAUUCGAUAAAAAAUUGUGCGAAAAUUUCCCAAGAUUAUUCGAGGAUUUUAUUUCAUUUAUUUUAUCGUGGAUAUCGAUGGAAAUUCGAUAUCGUGUUGGAAAUUUCCCGAUCGACCACUCGAGAGAAGGUUUUUUAUCGAAUUUUCCACGCGUGGAGCUGUUGUACGCAUGACAGCGGCGAAAUUUUCGAGGGAUCCGAAGACGGACGGAGGCGGGCAUCCGCUGCAAAUAUUCUCGCGAGACUUUGGGGUGGCUCUGGCCAAGCCUUUGUAAGGGUGGGAGCGCCGCGAGAGGAUUGAUAGCUGCCUCGAGGGUGGCUUUUUUCGCCGGCCAUCACGCUUGCGAGCAGAUAUGGCGCCGGCUGACAACGUUUCCUCCGCUUCGGUCUCUCCCUCCUUUCUCGAGUCAAGUCUUCGACGGAAGUGGAUAUAUAUGCUUUCAAAAGAUCCCUUCUUCUUCUUCUUCUUCUUCUUCUCUUUCUUGAGAUAUAUUUCGUUUCCAUUGUUUUCGAGCCUUGUAGAACAAAAGAAGUAACUUUCAAAAUUUUUCAUCCUCGGAUUUUUGAAAAUCGAUUGGAAAAUCCUCCGUAAUGGCUGGAAAUAUUUUUUUUUGGAUUUCACAAUCUUUAAUUUUCAAAUAAAGAAAAUUUUACUCGUUCAACCGCGUUCGUAAACGAAAUUUUCGAAAAAAGAAAAUAAUUAAUAUUAUUUACUAAAAUGUAUGAAAUGUUGAAUUGAAUGAAAAAUCGAUUUGGUCGCCGGUUGUCGUCUCACGAGCCUCGUUCGGACGCAGGCGGAACGCACUUCCGCCAGAAUUCGCUCAAACUAGGUCCUCGGGUAAUCCCGUUAAGAGUCGAGCGCCUCUUUCUCGCAGACUUUGCGAAAGGUUCAAGGAUACAGCGUUAGCUUUAGAUUCCUCUUUCGACUAGCAGGACAAGAAAAACGUGUUUUUCAACUCACACCUCUUUCUACCCUCAUCCUCCCUCCACCUCUCUCUCUCUCUCUCUUUCUCUCUCUCUUUCUCUCGUGCUCCACCAAGGACACCACGAAUUCUCCAACGAUUCAACGUUCUCUGUACAUUUCUCACCCUUCGACGAACGUUUCAACCCCCUGGUCCAAAAACUCCACGCGAUCUCUUUAGAUCAAGACAAUCCAAUCUGUAGUCGAAUAAAACGAAGAAGAGAAGAAGAAAGAAAAAGAGAAAGGUUUUAACUCGAGUCGAACAGAGAAAGAGAAAGAGAGAGAGAGUGAGAAAGGGAGAGGGAGGGAGUAUAUACUCUCUUUGCGGUAUAUAGAUUAUAUACUUUAUAUAAAACGGGAAUAAGAAUAGAAAAAUGCGUUUAUUAGAAGAAUGCAAGAACGUUUCGAGGAAAAACCGUAGAUUUAUAUCGUUUAUCGAGACGAGAAACGGGGGGCGAGUUUCGACCGGUUGUCACGAAAAAGAAACUGUCCUCUCUCUCCUUUCUCCUCUCCACCACACAGCCUUCCUUACACACAGUUUCGCGAUCGAAAACGCUCGUUUCCUCGUCGAUCUUUCUUGUAUAAAAGCGAAAAAUUGUAAAAUAUUGCAUUUGUUAUACUCUUCUUAGCCCGUAACGUGUAAAUUAGAGAGGAAGUGUUUGAGCAAGCAAGUGUAUAUAUAUAAAUAUAUAUAUAUAUGCGUUUAGGGAACCAAAUCGGUUUCGUCUCGAUAACACGUUCGAUCGCGUGAGAAAUCGUUUUCGUAAUCGAAAUGCAGGAAGCAAAAGAGGUCUCCGUUUUGCCAAGUGUAUUAUUCGAUGUUGUUGUCACUUGGAAAACGAACGAUCGGCCGUCUCGAUUUCCGAAUUUUGAAAACGAGGAUGGAGGAGGAGGUGAGGAGGUGGAGGAGGAGGAGGAAGACGGUCGAUCGGCGUUUCGAACACGCGACCCGAGCCUAUGCCGCCACGCCACACACUACAUUUAUUCUACUCCCUCAUUGUACGCCUACUCAUCUUAUUAUUAUUAUUAUUAUUAUACUUCUUCUUCUUCUUAUUAUUAUUAUUCUUCGUCGCACGCUUGGAUCCCUCGCAUGCUUGGAAAGUCUUGGAACGGGCGAUCUCGAAAACGAUCGAUUAUCGACGUGACAACGAAUAACGACGAUGUUCACAUGUUCCACCCAUCCAUAUGUGUAUUUUUCUUCGGUUUCUAUGAUAUUUAGGUAAAAACCUACUUCAUCCUCGUAUAUAUAUGUAAAAGGUGAAAAGAAUUGUAGAAAAAAAUUAACAGGGUUUUGCCUUUGAUUAAUGAAAAGGGGAUGAUACGUUAAUGUAAUUUAAUAAGUAAAAAUUAAAAGAUAGUGGCGAUUUUAUUAAGGGGGUUGUUUUUUUCGCGAAAUCGGGCCUCGAGAUCGAUUCGUUUCACCGAUCUGGCGAUUUGUAAUGUGGAAGGAAUCUUGAGUGAGUUUUAACUUUUUUUUUAAUUAAUCGUGCGAUUUCUAUAUAUAAUGGAGGUUAUUAGAUUAAUGGUUGAGUUUCUUUGUUUCUUUGAGAAAUUUUAAUUUAAUUUAGUAAUUUAGUUGGGACGAGGAAAAAAUUACUUAGAUGUACGAGAUAAUACCGUUUGGUGCUUAAAUAGAGGGUAAUUAGUUCGUGUUUUAAUGCGAUUAAGAAAUUUAAAUUAUAUUCAAUACGCGAUGUGCAAUAUUUUGUAAAUUUUUAAAAAUAUCGAUGACAAAAGCUGUUAAGAAAAUUAUUCGAAAUUUCUGCCAUUUUAAGUUUUUAUUAAAUAUAUUCUCUAGAUAAAUAAUUCAAAAAAUAUGCUUCUCGAAUCAGCAUAUCUCGAACAUCUUCUGUAUACUAUCUCAAAGAUUUACCAAAUUUUUUUAUAAUCUUUUUCUUUAAAAUAACCAAUUCUUCCGUUCAUAGGUAAGAAUCUUUUCACAUUCUUUCAAUCAGCCUCGAACCCCCGUUCCCAAAAUUUACAAUGCGACGAAAGCUAAUGUUCUUCUCACAUCGUAAAAAAAAAAAAAAGAAAAAAGAAAAAAACCACGAUUCACACGCAAACUAAAAAUAAAAAAAAAAAUCUUCCAAUCCAAAUGAAGAAUAAAGUUCGAUGCGCGAGUUGAAAAUUAAUUCGCCACAAUUCGCGAGAAUUUUUCUCUCCAGAUCGAUGGAACGAUGAGAAUCUCGGGUCGAGGACCACGAAAUCGAAACUUUCACCGGCGAUGAAAAUAAAUUUCCAUCGCCGGGAGGAGAGAGACACCGACCCGUCCGUCUAAAACACGCGCGCCACGUGUCGCGUAAAAGUGGGAAAAUCACGGUACAGGGUAAUUUGAUGUAUAUAUACACGUACACACGUUGCGCUACCUCAGAGACAAGGCUUUUUACGCGAUAUAAAAUUUCUAAUUAAUCGCAUUAGCGGGUCGAAAGUGGAGGGACGGAAAAAGCGGGAAGGACGCGCAAGCGCGACCGCGAAAACCACUCGAAAGAGAUUUUCGUCGGUGCACGCGACACGCGAACGGGUGGAGGGGGGAGGGAGGAGGGUUCCGCUCGCGACAUCCGUUUCGCGCGGCUCACCGCGAUAAAACGACCGACCAACCAUCCCGUAAAACACGCGUCUCACUUCUCCCCUGUUUUCCUGCUCUUUAUACUCGGUUAUAAGCUCUCGCAAUUUAUUUGGAAAGCGGGUAUAUCACGUCUUCGAGGAUUGCUCCUCGUCUUUGUCCAGAAUUGCGCGAUGAUCGAGUGAAGAGUGGGGAUGAGAAGGAGGAGAUCGAAGAAGUUUGUGCUAUCUACUUGCUGAUGAUUUUACUCGGAAAUUGGAUAUAAACUCUCGCGGUUUAAUUCGAAAUUUAAUUCGGAUCUCUCCAGUGAUCGGAAUUCGAAGUUGUUUUUUGGAUAAACAUUAGUCAAAAAUUGGAAUUUUGAAAUAGAUAUUUUGUGAAAAAUCGAUAUCGAAAUUUAAUUUCUGUUUGAAUUUUUUUUUUUGGGUAAAUGCCGUUGAAAAAUUGAAAUCUAGUAGUCGCGAAGAAUUAUCGAACGUUUGUUUUAUGAGAUUAUUUUUAUUCUAUCUUUUCGAUAUCAGUGGAUCAUACAAGUGGAAUCACUCAAAAAAUUACCAAGCAAAAGAUAACGAAUAAAUAAUCCUAUUUCGUGUUUUUACAACAAUUAUUCGCGUACGAUUCGUAUUUGAACGCGUUGUUGGUAGUCGAUUUGAAUUUUUAUUUUCGAUUCGUACCUGAUGCGAGGGGAGGCAAUAUUGAAUUAUAGGUAAUAACUUGAAACAUCGAUUCAUCGACUUUUUCGAAAGCCUAUGUUACAGAUUGUCGGAAGUUUGUCGUGCAAGUUUUAAAGUAAUUUGGUUAAAAUGAACGAAAUAUAAAGAAUUACAUCGUGAUUAGUGUGAUCCAUAUAUAUAUACUCAAGGAUAAUAAAAUUUUUCGACGUUAAUUUUAAAUACACAAUUUAUCAUUUAGCAAUCUUCAAUCCGGUUAAAUCAAAAUUAAAUUUUUCAUCAAAUACGCUAUUACCAAUCCGUAUUAUAAUUAUUAUUAUUGAAACGGAAAGUUUUAACGAGCUUCCACUUUCAUUUAUUUCAAACAAAUUAGAUAAGAGAUUCACUUGUAUAAAUAUAUUACAUAUAUUUACGAACCAACGUGUGUUAACAAUAUUGUAAAAUACGAUUAACCAUAAUUUACGAGGACCUUAUGACAUUAAACCGAUGAUCGGUCGCAAGGAUCGCCGUUUCCAAGACUCCCCUGCUCCACAUUUUGUUCCCAAGCAUAUACUCCUCGAGCAUGUGUAUAUGAGUGUUACGCAACAAGCAUCCGUUUAAUUAGAAUUUCUGGUAAAAAAAAAACAGCUUCUCCCUGGAGAAAAAGCUUUUGUGCCGAGCAACAGUCAGUCGCGUUACCGUCGAGAACGUCGCGUCGAGUCUCUUUCUCUUUCUCUUUCUCUUUCUCUCUCUCUUGUCAGUAGGUGACGAGCUAAUAACGAUUUGUUAACAGUCAAUAGGGUAAUUUAACGAUAUAUUUAUGCGUCGAGUCGCGUAGACGAGGCACGGACGAGAAGAAUAAAAAAUAAAUAAAUAAAUAAAGUAAGAAUAAAUAAAUCGUGUUCCGUCUGUUAGGAAAGACGCGCAACGUUUCCUACGAUGUCGACACGCGGCGCAAGCUGCUGGUGUACCGCAAUUCGUUUGAACGUUUUCUACGGCGAACGGGGAUUGUAAAGUACAUUAGUAAAUUUAUAUUUUUGGAUGAAGAAAAAAAAGAAAAAAUAAAACUAAAAAACGGAGCAAAACAAAGAGGACGCAACGCAGGCCGAAUGAUCGGCCGAAUUUAGGGGCAAAAAAGAUCGCACGCGCGCGCGCCGCCAUUUCUGUCGAUUCUCCCAUGGUCGAGGACUUCGAUUUUCUCGACGUCGUACACUUCGUUCGGAUCCGCACGGACCACUUCUGCGUUCGCGAUUUAAUAUUUCAUAUAUAUACAUAUAUAUAUAUGUGUAAGGGAACCAAAGGUGUUCGUGAAUCGUUACCUUCGAUUUUUUUUAAUCCUUUCGAAUUUUCGAACGGAUGUUUCGAAAUGUAUCUCCCUCUUUGAAUUUAUUUUAUUUUAUUCGAGUUGUUUGAAUUUGAAUAGUGAAGAGUUUUUUAUUGGUCGAUUUUUUUUUUUGAAUUGAUGAAUACAAAAAUGAAAUUGAAUUUCGAAAGGAAUUUGUAAGAUUACAGGGGGCGCCAAAAGAGUGUUAUAAAAAUGGCUUCGUCGAGCUACUUUAUUUUUUUGGCCGAUUUUAUCGUUUCUCGCGAAGAUAAAAAUAUGCCUGAAAAAUAAUACGUUGUGCGCAAGAACAAUCGACAAUUUCUGUGGAAAGUCGUUAAAAUAUUUAUAACACACCGAAAUGGAAUUUGACGUUGGAUUCGUUGCCGCGUAAAUUUUAUCUCUAUUUUGUUUGUUGUUUUAAUAAAUUGCAUGUUUAAAGAUAGGGGCAAGUUCCAUUUCAGUGAUGUUAUUGGGAACGAAGAUGAAGAUGAAUGUCUUUGAUUCACGUUGCGAAUGAUCCUGUGAAUCUUGGACAGACCCCCGAGGACGGUGACGCGGAAGUGGUCACGCAGUUUUCUUAUUAUCUGUAAUAAUAAAUACUGAUAACGAAUACAGUGUAUGAGUAUUAACAAAUUUAUUAACGAGAAUAAUAUAUUAUUGCGACAGUAAUCUACGUAAGUGUUGUGAAUAAUGGAGAUAAUAUUGUUGCUGUGAUUACCUUUAAGAUUGUAAGUAGUAGGAUAUAGAAAACCACUGUUAGGUGUCACUGUCUCGAUUCAAUAAAUGUUAUUUCAUUUUAAUGACAACACAA